GUGUGCGCGGAUCUACCGGCCGAAACCUGCGUGUCCAACCGCUUCAAACUGAACCAUGGUGCAGCUAGUAGGGCCUCUCCGGAAAGAGCUCGCUGACUCGGUGUCGUCCUGCAGGGUGCUGGUGGUCGGGGCUGGGGGAAUCGGCUGCGAGCUGCUGAAAAAUCUCGUCCUGACCGGCUUCAAAAACAUUGAAGUGAUUGACCUGGACACAAUUGAUGUCAGCAACCUCAACAGGCAGUUCCUCUUUCAGAAGAAGCAUGUGGGCAAGUCCAAAGCACAAGUUGCCAAAGAAAGUGUCCUGCGCUUCUGUCCUUCUGCUAAUAUCACAGCAUACCACGAUAGCAUAAUGAACCCAGACUACAAUGUGGAAUUCUUCAGGAAUUUCCAGCUGGUCAUGAACGCCCUGGAUAACAGAGCGGCCAGGAAUCACGUGAAUAGGAUGUGUUUGGCAGCAGAUAUUCCUCUAAUCGAGAGCGGUACGGCAGGCUACCUCGGUCAGGUCACGGUCAUCAAGAAGGGUGCGACAGAGUGCUACGAGUGCCAACCCAAACCCACACAGAAGACAUUUCCUGGAUGCACCAUCCGCAAUACUCCCUCUGAACCCAUCCACUGCAUCGUGUGGGCUAAAUACCUCUUCAAUCAGCUGUUCGGAGAGGAGGAUGCAGAUCAGGAAGUGUCCCCGGACACGGCUGAUCCCGAGGCUGCAUGGAACCCUGCAGAAACAGCAGCGCGAGCUACAGCCUCGGAUCAGGAUGGAGAUAUCAAACGGGUUUCUACCAAAGAAUGGGCUCGCUCCACGGGCUACGACCCCGUCAAACUCUUCAACAAGCUGUUCAAAGAUGACAUCAUGUAUCUGCUGACUAUGGACAAGCUGUGGAAGAAGAGGAAAGCUCCAGUGCCGCUGGACUGGGCUGAAGUGCAGCAGCUCGUAAGCUCUCAGGACGAGGUGUGCGGGACAGGGCUGAAGGAUCAGCAGGUGCUCAGUCUAGGUGGAUACUCCCAGCUGUUCCAGCACAGCGUGGAGACGCUCCGUUCCCAGCUGGAUGAUAAAGGAGAUGGAGCACAACUGGUGUGGGAUAAGGAUGACCCUCCAGCCAUGGACUUUGUGACCGCGGCCGCCAACCUGCGUAUGCACAUCUUCAGCAUGAGCAUGAAAAGCCGCUUUGACGUCAAAUCCAUGGCGGGAAACAUUAUCCCAGCAAUCGCCACCACUAACGCUGUCAUUGCUGGACUCAUCGUGCUGGAGGCACUGAAAAUACUAAACUCUGACUUCCAGCAGUGCCGUACGAUCUUCUUGAACAAGCAGCCGAACCCCAGGAAAAAGCUGUUGGUUCCGUGCGCCCUGGACCGGCCUAAUCCCAACUGCUACGUCUGCGCCAGCAAACCUGAAGUAACGGUCAAGCUCAACGUGCACAAAACCAUCGUACAGGCUCUACAAGACAGAAUACUGAAGGAGAAGUUUGGCAUGGUGGCUCCAGAUGUGCAGAUAGAAGACGGAAAGGGUACGAUCCUCAUCUCCUCAGAGGAAGGAGAGACGGAAGCAAACAACAACAAGUUUUUGUCAGACUUUGGGAUUCGGAACGGCAGCCGUCUACAAGCUGAUGACUUUCUCCAGGAUUACACGCUUCUGGUCAACGUGCUGCACUGUGAGGAGAUGCCAAGGGAUGUGGAGUUCGAGGUGGUCGGCGAUGCCCCUGAAAAACCUCCAAGUGCCCCAGAGGAAGAGAAGAGCAUCGCCAACGGCAACAAAGACGCCGCCCAGCCCUCUACCUCAUCUAAAGCUGUGGUCGAAGAUGAUGACGUUCUCCUCGUUGACUCUGACGAAGAACCGUCCUCCAGCACCACAGACGUUUCCACGGAGGCCGGCAGCCUAAAACGAAAGCUCCACGACGCAGAAACGGGUGAAGCCGCGUCCAAGCGCAAACGCCUCGACCAGCAGACGGCUGACGACGACGAUGACAUCAUCGCUCUCGACUAGCGUCCUCUAGCCUUCCCUCCUUCCAGAGGGGCUUCUGUUUUUGUCAUACUGUUUCCAUUACCAGUACCAACCAUAUGUAAAUAUAUCUGUACAAAAACUGCUGAGAGCUGGAUGGAUGUGUCUUCUCGUUAUUUUUCUUCUCCUGUUGUUUUGGUUUUUUUUUUUUUCUGAACAGAAUAAGGAGAUUUCGGGGGUGCGUUCAACACAGACUAUGUUCAGAGGCUUUCUGAACUUUAUUAUUAUUAUUAUUAUUUUUUUUACAGCAGUGUACACGUUAUGGAUAUCUUUAUGGCCGAAAGAAAUGCUUAAUGUAUUUCAGAGUGUUUUACCAUCAAUGUUAAAACGUUCCAUAUUUAUUAUUUUUUUGUAAACUUCCAGAAAACCGGAAAAGCAGAUGCCGUUUCACAGAAAACAGCGUAUUUGCUUCUCUAUUCCAUCCGUUCAGCAAGUUUCUCUUUAACAAAAAAAAAAUGUUGUAACCGCAUCUUUUUUUCUUAAAUACAUUUUGAAGGCAGUUAUUUAUUCCUCCAUGUGCUGUGCUUUGUUCUCUAAAGCAGGAUUCUCAAGCUUACUGUUUUCUUGGACUCGGCACACCUCGUUCAACUCGUUAGUGGUUUUCCAUGUAGAAUUUUAUACAUCAAAUCUGAGAAGUCUGAUCUAAUGAUGAUGAGGCCUGCCAGGAUUUGAAUAUGAAACCCCAGUGCUAAAACAUCAGUGAUCUAUAAGCUCAGUUUUGUCCAGAAAGAGCAGCUGAAUAAAUAGAUAACGACUCGGUGCAUCUGAAUUCCUGUAUCCCACCCAAGAACAGACUGUUCUCUGGAUGUGCCUCGACCUCCCAUAGGGGCAAUAUUGCAGUUGCACAUAGAGUUUAUCGUACGUGCUCAAGACGUGUGGGACGCCUUAUUGAUGAAUGAAAACACGCUGUUUUUCUGAACGUGGGCUAAUGUUUACAUUGGGGGAGGUCAAGAGUCCAAACUCAGCUUGUUAGUAGUGUAAGGGUUCAUCCAAGUGCUCGUUUGGCUGAUACCUGUUACCUAGUUGGCACGUCCACAGCCCAUGAUGUCAGAUGUUUGUAUUUUGAUGACCUUCUCUGAGCCCCAUGGUUUUGUGUCACUGUGGAUGCUUGCAGGAUGUAUUUGAAUAUAGAAGGUUUUGGGGGCGGGGGGCACUUUUUCAACAGCUGUACUUGUAUGUUUUGUUAUAACACGUUUACAGACAUUGUUAUUAAAGGCCACACACCUCUGUUUAUAA